CUGUGCACAGGCUGCACACAUCACUCUGAACCCAGAGGCGGAGCGGAGAGGCAGAGCAGCAGGUCUCCGACAUGGCUAACGUUACAGAAGGAACAGAUAUGACAGAGGAAACCGAGUACAUGAUAGACAAAAAUGUGGGGAAAGAAACAGAAAACGUGGAAUCGUCCGGCGAUGCCAAAGAAAUGCGAGCUGUGAUACUGGCAGGUUUUGGAGGUCUUAACAAACUCAGGGUAACCAAGAAGACAAUGCCCGAGCUUCAGGAUGGUGAAGUCAUGAUCCGCGUGAAAGCAUGUGGCUUGAAUUUCCUGGAUCUGAUGGUACGUCAGGGGACUAUUGAUAAUCCUCCAAAACCUCCUCUUGUCCCUGGGUUUGAAUGCUGUGGAAUAGUAGAGUCAGUGGGUGAAAACACAACGGGAUUUGAGAUAGGCGACAGAGUUAUGGCUUUUGUGAAUUACAAUGCCUGGGCAGAAGUUGUUUGCACACCAGUGGAUUUUGUCUACAAGAUGCCAGAUGAAAUGACUUUUGCUGAGGCUGCUGCAUUCUCCCUGAACUUUGUGGCUGCCUAUAUGAUGCUCUUUGAGGUUGCCAAUCUGCGAGAGGGGAUGUCAGUGUUGGUUCACUCAGCAGGAGGUGGUGUAGGCCAAGCUGUGGCUCAGCUGUGCUCCACUGUACCUAAUGUCACUGUGUUUGGGAUCGCUUCAUGUUUCAAACACGCAGCCAUCAGAGACUCGGUGACUUACCUCUUUGACAGAAACGUUGAUUAUAUGCAAGAAGUCAAAAAGAUUUCUCCAGAGGGUGUAGACAUUGUGUUGGACUGCCUGUGUGGGGAGAACACAGGGAAAGGCUUGACUCUGCUGAAGCCUUUGGGAACCUACAUCCUCUAUGGCGCGUCAAACAUGGUAACUGGGGAAACAAAGAGUUUCUUCAGCUUUGCAAAAUCUUGGUGGCAGGUGGAGAAGGUAAACCCUAUUAAACUAUAUGAGGAGAACAAAGUUAUAGCAGGAUUCUCGCUGCUCAACCUCCUCUUCAAGCACGGGAAAUGUAGUCUUGUGAAAUCAGUGAUGGACAAACUCUUGUGUCUCUAUGACCAAAAGAAGAUCAAGCCGGUAGUGGACUCCCUAUGGGCGCUGGAGGAGGUAAAAGAGGCCAUGCAGAGAAUUCAUGACAGAGGCAACAUAGGAAAACUCAUUCUGGAUGUCGAGAAGACUCCCACCCCUCUGAUGGCCAGCGACAGCACAGAGACCAGCGAAGCAGGAGAGGAAGAAGAGGAGCCCGAGGGAGACAACGACAGCAAGGAGCGAAUGCCUUUCAUCCAUUAAACCCAACAAACCCCACUACAUAGACUGGAGACAUUCACCACAGAGGAACACAACCACACACAAGUGUUGUGCAGUACGUGCGUAUGUAUGUAUGUAUGUAUGCAUUGUGCUGUAUGCAUGUGUGCAUGAAUGUAUGCAUGUACAGAAUAUGUUUGUGCUUCUUGUCUGUUACCUAUUGUUUGUCAGUUGAUUGGUCAAGCAAAAUUUUUUGGUAAAUGAAGACUAACAACAUGUUUAUCGCCCAGGCAACAAGUGCAAGUGCCAUUCUCAAAAUAGUAUUAUUAUAUUCUUUACUGUAUUAUGAAGUGAUGUUAUGCUAGCCAAUGAUAGUGAAUAGGUUUGUGUUCAUUUUACAGUUAAUUGCAUCUGCCAACAGUUUACUGAAUUUGCCACAGAGUGAAUUAGCAUUUAAACCUGCUCACUUGCUAUUAUCACUUUAAGAUUAGUACCCUUAAACACAGAUUUAGUAAAACACAUAAGUGUCAUAUCAUGUCUGUCCUCAGUGAUGACAGUUGCUUGCUUCUGAUGCUUCUGACCAAGGGAGUGAAUCACUUUCUCAUGUUACAAUAGUAAUGCGUAAGCCGGUAGAGGUAGACAAGUCUGUGUUUGCAUGAUAUUUUAUUCUUGGGUGCCAACGGUGUAAUAUUAUGGGAUCAACAGUGCCUUUGAGCUACAAACAAGUGUUUGAUACUUAAAAUGCUUUCCUCGUGUAAAGUUCGCAUUGAACAAACACAAAAGGUAUUUUUAACUGGAAUAUGAAAACGUAUGCAUAAACUACUAAAGAUUCUCCCUCGUCUGAUCGUAUAAUUUGUAGUAAGGUGAAUCUACGGUGCCACCAGAGCUCUGUUUAUGUAGUAAGGUACUGGAUUGAUUCAAAACUUUUCCUAAAAUACAUAACAAUAUACGACACCGUACAGGUCUCAAAAAUGUGACCGCUUUGUAAACACUGGAGUAAAACAGAAUAUAUAUGUAAAUACAAGAGAAUGUGAGAUAAAUCAAUAAAUUCUGGAUUUUCUUAGGGAGGAUCAUGAAGUGAUCAGUCAGACUGCAGUCCAAGGUUCGUGGAGUCUCUGCUUUGCUUGUCUGACCAAAGUUGUUUACUUGCUGGUGCCUCACAACAAAAGUGCCAUAAGACUCCAACAUAAAUUAUUUUUACAACUAGCUGGUGUAUAAAGGCAGGGUGAUUUAGGUUUGAGCUACACUGUGUAUUACUUUAUUUAAUUCCCUCUGCUUUACUCCACAUCUGCGAGUUGUUGAUGAAAUGCAAGUAGAAGAACAGCUGAGUGGGAAUGUUUGCCAUGUACACUCACACUCACCUAUUACAGAUGACUGAUCUGUUUUUAUUUAUAGUUUAUCAAAGUAAAAACAAACUGCAUUGUAUUUCGUUCUCACUAUUUCUUUGUCCAGGCUUAUUUAGUGUGUUUUAUAUCAGCUAGUCAUCUGAAUUAUUUAUUACCUUACUUGAAUUAUUAAAAUGAAACUAGAGUAUACAUCAAAAGUAUUUUCUCAACUAUAAAAACAAUAAAACAAGUCAGUGUUUUGUAAUCAUGCCAUUUUAAGAAAUUCUAAAUGUUUCAACUUAGUAACAACAAAACUAAGAGGAGUAAAUGCUGCAUUCUUUGAAGCUGAAUGAUGAACAGUGGAAAGACGGGGUUAAUAGGUGUACUAAAGUGAGUAGAGUUAGAAAUUGAUUUCUAGACUUGGAAAUAAGGAUAAUGAUGUGUAGACACUUUGGAAAGACAUCUCAGUUUUGAUGCUUUCAAUGUCAUGUCUGCUUGUGUGUGUGUGAGAGAGAGAGAGAGAAAGAGAGCAUGUUUUUGAGUGUGUGUAUUCAUAUUGCCUUGUACAAAAAGAAAACGCGUCUAAGAAAGAAGUGUAAAGAAAUGUUUAGCAUUGUAGUGUGUUCACAAAAUUCCUUCUAAACUAUGAUUUACCUGUGCUCGUUUUUUUUGUCACGUUUUGUUGUGUACUUUCUUUGAGUACAGCUUUGUUUACUUGAAUAAAUGUAUCUGCAAAGUA